CCUGCCGCUCCCAGCAUGCAAAGCGGUGGGGAGACCGCGCGGGCCGCCCUGGAUCCCCGCGGGCCCGGGGAGCGCAGCGCGGCGCUGCAGCCCCUCCCGCGGCGGGCCCCUCUCGGGCGCCAGGACCGCUGCCAUGCGGGCUUCCGAUCGCCGAUCCAGUCUCCAAGAUCCUCUCCAUCAGAUGGAAUCAACAAGGAAACCCUACAGGGUGAAAUUAAAGAGCUGAAAGAGAAGGACCUCGCUCUGGACCAGGAAAUUGCACAGUUAUUGGCUGAAGGCUACAGCCUGGAUGAAUUGGAGAAACACAUCUCUCUGCUCCAUGAGUACAAUGAUAUUAAAGAUGCUGGACAGAUGCUGCUGGGCAAGCUGGCUGUGAUCCGAGGACUUACCACAAAGGACCUCUACCCUGAAUUUGAUCUAGAACUCAGUGACUAGCAUUGAUAUAGAGGACAAUUUCCUUCAGCCAUUGGAGCUUUGUAUGUGGGUGACUGACACAUUCGGAACCUGUACACCAGGGCAAUAAACAUGUAGACUUUCAAGAGUGCUGUCUACUGCCUUAGAUCUGUGAAUAACUAAAUUCUAGGACACAGAAGCUAUUGAAUUAAUUACCUGUUUUCGGGGAAGGUGCAUCCUCCUUUUCUGGAAUGAGGGUGUUUGGAUGUUUUGGGUGAUGUCAGUUUUUUACUUCUCUUCUUGGUGAGAGUU